CCCAAAAAGACAGAAGACAAAUCUUCGUGGCGAAUGGCGAAACUCUGUUAAAACGACGAAAUCCUAACGAAACUGAGCCGAAACCUGGUAAAAGCAAAAUCCGUCGAAUAUUAACUUCCCCAGCAAAAAGCCCUGAACGA